CUUUUGGCUUUGCGUGCAGGAGAUUUCUUUGAAACUUUCUGGAUCUGUCAGUCUGAUUCACAGAAAACUGGUUUCUUCUGCAUUGGUCAUGGCAGGAAAACGGGAGAGUUAGAAGCGUUUGUCCUCUGUCACGGAGACGGAUCUGAGGUUUGUGACGACCUGUAUGACCUGAUCCAGGCUUCGAGUAGGAAUGGCCAUGUCCCAGGGCCCCGCCGGCCAGUGGAGCCCGAUGGUGAUGGUGGAGGCUGCGGGUGGAGCCUUGUUCCAGGUUUCCCAUUAUUCAGUGAAACCGGCCAACCUGGAAGAGGGUUGUGUGUCCUUUGAGGAUGUGGCUGUGUACUUCUCCUGGGAGGAAUGGAAACUGCUUAAUGACUCGCAAAGGCUCCUGUACCAGACUGUGAUGACCGAGAUCUUCGCACUCAUGUCCUCGCUGGGACUUAUGCCUUCUGGGAUCCAUGGCGUCACUCAGCUGGAGUCUUGGGGAGAGCCCUCUGUUCCUGCAUUGAGAUUCCUGACUCCAGUCUCCAUGCCAUUCAUCAGUAUUUGUCUCUGGUCAGGUUGUUGGAUCAAAGUGAAGAGUGAAACGCCCCGCUUUGAGCAGAGUCUUUCCACGGAAGGAGAUCUUAGUUCAUCCAUGCUCCAACAGCAAACGCUGAGCUGUGCUGAGACACCCUUGCUAAGUGCAGACAAUGCAAUGAUCAUCCAGACUUCCUCAGGUCUUCUCGGGGAUCAGGUGACUGCCAGUGGUGGGGAGGCACCCAAGAGCACUGAGAGUGGAGAGGCCAUUCACACUGAGAAGAAAACCUGCAUAUGCAGUGACUGUGGCAAAGUCUUUACUAGCACAUCUCACCUUAAUCGGCACCGGAUGAUACACACGGGAGAAAAGCCUUUUCAGUGCAGCGAGUGUGGGAUGUCCUUCAGCCAAAAAGCCUUUCUCAUUAAGCAUUUCAGAAUUCACACCGGAGAAAAACCUUUUAGGUGCAGUGAAUGUGGCAAAGCCUUCAAGCAUAAUAUCUCCCUCGUUUCUCAUCUGCGAGUUCACACAGGAGAAACACCCUUUACGUGCAGUGAAUGUGGGAAAUCAUAUAUGACCAGAUCGAACCUUACACGUCAUUAUCAAGUUCAUACCGGUGAAAAGCCUUACAAUUGCAGCGAGUGUGGAAAAGCCUUUAAGGAAAAAUCCAGCCUUGUUUAUCACGCCCGAGUGCACACUCGAGAAAGGCCUUUUCAGUGCAGCGAAUGUGGGAAAUCCUUCAGCCAAAAAGCCUUUCUCAUUAAGCAUUUCAGAAUUCACACCGGAGAAAAGCCUUUCAGGUGCAGUGAAUGUGGCAAAGCCUUCAAGCAUAACUGCUUUCUUGUUGCUCAUCAGCGAGUGCACACAGGAGAAACACCAUUUACCUGCAGUGAAUGUGGGAAAUCCUACAUGAACAGGUCAAGCCUUUUGCAUCAUUAUCGAGUUCAUACUGGAGAAAAGCCUUAGAGGUGCAGUGGAUGAGGAAAACCAUUUAAGAAAAAAAAAAAAUCCAGCCUUGUUUAUCAUGUCUGAGUGCACACUGGGGAAAAGGCCUGAAUGUCAUGAAUCUGGGAAGUGUUAAAAAAAAAAAAAACACUUCUCAUCUCAUGAAAGAUCAAUAAGUUCACAACAGAGGAAAUGAUUUUGAAGUGUAAUGAUUGUAGGAGAUUCUUUACUGUGAGGUGUGGCCUCAUUAAACAUCAGAGAUUUCACACUGCAGCAAAGCAUUGUGAGUGCAAAGAAUGUGGGUAAGUGUUUUGCUACAGAACCUGACUUUCUAGAAUCUAGAAGAUUCACACUGGGUAGAAUAUAUGUAUUGGGUGCAGUGAAUGGGGAAAAUCAUUUUCAUGGGCUACUGUAUGCACUCAAGGGAACGUUCACUGGACAAAAGUCAAGAAUGUUUCAGAUGUGAGGAGCCUUCACCCACACCUCCAUCCUGCUGAACCAGAGAGGCCACGGUGCUGGGAUGCAUCAUGAACCCACUGACUCUGGGAAAGCCUUUGAGCAAAUGUCUGCCUAUAAUAGUAAUAUCCAAAUAUCCGCACAACCCAGAUAGGUUUGUGAAUGCAGAAAAUGUAGAGAAAAGCUUCAGCCAUUGGCAACCUUGUUCAGCAUUGGGAGUGAACCAGAUUUUGAACAGAAGUCCUGAGAGUGGCCUUUCAAUGAAAGUUACUCAUCAAAUAAGAACAUUGGGACUAGAUGAAGAUUAUUGCCAUCUUCCUAUUCCCCCCAAAUUAAUACUUUCUGGGGAACUUAGGCAGGCCUGUUUUCCUGACUGUACCACUGAGGAGUGGAGUUUCCAUGGUACUGAGUUUGAAUUGGAGGAAGAGUGGCCUCCAUUAAUAAGACAUGAUUUUAUUGUUUGUUUUUUUUUAAAUGAACGUUGUAGUUCCUGGAAUACAUGAUUGUUUGCUGUAUAGUC